AUGACGCAGGAUUUGUUCACCAGCUGGCUUUGCAAGUUUGAUGAGGAUAUGGUGGCAGAGAAGCGACGGGUCAUACUUAUCCUCGACAACUGCACGGCCCACAACGUCAAGCCGAAAUUGACCGCCGUCAACCUAAAGUUUUUGCCUGCCAACACGACAGCAAAAAGUCAACCUCUCGACCAGGGUGUCAUCGCAACCGUAAAGGCGCUGUACAAAAAGCGCAUUUGCGAGAGAGUUUUGCUGAGCAUGCAGCAGCAGCAGCCUCUUAAAGUGAACUUAAGGGGCGCAAUUGACAUGGUGGUCGCUUCAUGGUGGAAGGUAAAGGCCGAUACCAUAAGCAAGUGUUUCAAAAGGGCAGGCUUCGUGCGCAAUGCAGAGACUCUGGAAGACGAUGAGCAGAGCGACACUUCGCUCGCCGAUGAGACCCUCAACACUGACGACGUGUGGUCCGGCCUCGUUGACAGCAACUUUGUAACCGCCACCGACACUUUCCAAGAAUUUGUCGAUGCCGGGGAGUCGGAGCUUCCUGUCUGCGAGGAAGCGAGCACAGAUGACGCGAUCGUCGCAGCGGUGCGCGGUAGUGCGGAGGUUACAACGGACGACGAGUCGGACGGCGAAGAUGAGGUCGACCCGACGCCGGAACCGGAUUUCCCGUGCAAAGACGCGUUGGAAUACCUCGCAAAAGUGAAAACUCGCCGCCAAAGGUUCGUGAACCUGCCCAAGCCCGACUGGGACCACAUCGUGCUCGUGCCCUUCCAGAAGCACAUCUACAAUGAACAUCCGAGCACCGCGAACCGGCCGCCGGAAGAGGUUGAUGCGUUUAGGAGGGACGAGAAGAUCAUCGUCCAGGGCCGGGAUGUGCCGAAUCCGAUCUUGAAAUUGGAGGAGGCCACCUUUCCCCAUUUUGUACACAAGGCCAUCCGUGAGCAGAACUAUGAAACUGUGACUGGCAUACACGCUUACAUCUGGCCCAUCUCUCUCAGCGGGAGAGACCUUCUGGCCAUUGUCGAGACCGGAUCGGGCAUGACGGUUGGCUACGUGAUCCCCGUCAUCCUCCAUAUCCACGAGCAGCCCUGCCUACAGCGCCGCGAGGGCCCCAUUGCUCUGGUACUUGCACCAACGCACGACCGCGCACAGCGGGUCGAGCACGUCGCCUCGGCUUUUGCAAAGUAUGCAAGAGUACGUAUGACGUCCGUCUUUGAAGGCUCGGCGCUCAGUGAUGUCGAAGGUUACGACAUCUGCAUUGCGACGCCCGGCCGCUUCCUCGAGAUCCUGGAGGCGGGCAAGGUGACCCUUCAUCGCUGCAGCUACCUUGUCGUGGACGAAGCCGACCGCAUGCUGGAAAUGGGCUUAGACCAACAUCUCCGGAAGAUCGUGGAGCAGAUCCGCCCGGAUCGUCAGAUGCUGAUGUGGAGUACCUGCUCGUCGAACGAAGUCCGCUCGCUGGCCGACGAUCUGCUGACAGACUACAUCGAGAUCAUGAUGACAAGGUUGGUUGGAGAGGCUUUCUUCCUGUCGCAGGCAUGA